GCAAAGGCGUCGAUAGUGUUGAGGGGGCUCACGUGAACUGACCAAAGUCCACACCGGUUCAUAUUUACAAAUGGAACUAACAAGCUUACUAGACUUCUUAUUUUUCUUAAUAAUAGAAAUCGAAAUGGUACUGAACUGGUCUACUAUGUGAUAUAAUUAUUAAUAUUAAAUCCAAGACAUCUGUUCAACUCUUUUAUAAAAAUGAAUUCUAGGCCGAGACAUUUCACAAGGGACCGGUUAGGAUCAUUACAAAGGCUUGCCAAUAUUGAAGAUGGGACCUACACAGUAUAUUUGAGCAGUGGUGGAAUCUUGGAGGAAUUCUUUGAAAAGGUCGCCGAAAUACAAUGUAAAAUUGAUGUGAUUGCCGAUUUGGCUGACGAGGUGGAAAGCAACUACAGUAAAAUAGAAUUAUCUUCAAAACAUAGAAAAGAUUUAGAGGAACAAGUAAAAGAACAAGCUGAUCUUAUAAAACGACAUUCGAGGGAAACCAAUGUCUUAUUAAAAGGUAUUGAAGCAGAAAUCGGCCCAACAGAUGCAACUUUCAGAAACACGACUGAAUACCGAAUGAAACAAAUGCAGUACAGAUACCUGUCGUGGCACUUCAGCGAAACAAUUACGACAUUUAAAAACUCACAAAUUAGGCAAAAAGAAAAAUUCAAGGGAAAGCUCAAAAGAGAAAUAGAAAUAACUGAACAAAACUUUUCCGAUGACCAAAUGGAAGAAAUGAUAGAAAAUGGUAACAUUUCAACGUUCGCAUUUAAUAUAAUAGGUGAUACGACGAAGGCUAAGCAGGAUUUAGAACUAAUUGUUGGACGUCAUAAUCUUAUUUUGAAAAUUGAACAGAGCAUUACUGAAAUACAUGAUAUGUUCAUGGACUUUGCGUUACUUGUUGAAAGUCAGGGAGUUAUGGUGGAUAAUAUUGAACGCAAUGUUGUGGAAACGCAAGAAUUCGUCAUAUCGGGCGGUAAGCAUCUAAAGAACGCACACAGAUACAGAGAUAAAGUACGACGGAAAAAAAUCUACUGCAUUGGUUGUUGUUUAAUUUUGCUCAUCGUCGUGGCAAUAAUUCUGCUGAUAAAAUACGUACUUAUUACAUAAAUGUAAUUACUUGAAGGUGAUUUUUAUAAUAUAAACUGGCUUUACUGAACCAAAUAAUGACACAGGGAAUAGCUUUUGUGUAGUCGCAUGUAGUGACGUUGAGACGUUAUUGUGAUAUUCUAGAAGUUAGUUUCAAAACAACAAUGUUUACGUCAUUCGACGUAAAAAGGAUUGGAUUAUUUUACAAAACGUAUCUAUUAGGAAGUAGUUGUUAAACGAAUCGUUGAUUUUGAUUGGAUGUUAUUGUCCUAAUCCAGUCCAUACACACAAUAACAUCCAAUUAGGAAUAGUGCAACAACUGCCACUACUGUUAGGCCUACCUAUUUAAAGGCUGACAACAAUAAAAUUGAUGCAACUCCUGAAUUAAAUUGGUUUUGUAUCGCUAGGCCCGUGCAAAUGUUAGGCCUUAUUGUACAAUGACUUCAUUAAAAAAUAUUUCUGACGAAUUGAUUAAACUCAGAGUUUGCAAACGUGAUGUUAUAAUUUAUUUAUUAUUAGAAAACAUAUCUUGACCACAAUGACUGAUUUCUGAACCGUGCAUUUUUCAUGAAUUAAUAACAAACAAUAUACAGUGUUUACAAUUUGAAGACGUUAUAAACUAUGCAUACACAUCGAAAUUCUAUAAUUGUAAUGUUUAAUUACUGAAUCGCAUUACCUUCAGCCCUGUUGCGAGAUGUUACAAUCUUCUAAGACACCAGAAUUAAUCCCGUUUUGUUAAGCUAAAAACUAUAAAAAUCAAAUUCAAUAUUUGAACUGCUUAUAGUACUUGAAGAAGUUAUCUUUCAUUAGACGAAAAGAGAUAUUCUCGCCAACUAACGGACGCAUUUAUAUUUCCAUUGCACGAAAAUACCUACGAUUUUGCUUGUCGUAGCUUUCGCUGUCUUCUCGACAGUGUCAUCGGUUAUUAAGUUUCGCCACACAUCCGGUGUGAUCAAGUGAAUGCAAUAAUAUUAUAAGCCACAAUCAGUUCGACAAUGAAACUGUCUGAGAAGACAGCGAGAGAAUAAGGAAAAGUAAAUGAAUUACACCAGUGGUGGAUUUAGGGGGAGGGGGGCACUAAAUUAAAAAAAAUAAAAGAAAUAAUGGAGAAAAAAAAAUUGUAUUCAAAUUUAAGUCUGCGGGAGUGCCAUUUCCAACCAUCUAGGGGUGCCAUAAAUAAUAAAAUUUCUAUCCUCUAUUUGUGAAAAUCCCUCCCCUCCAUUACAAAUUAUUGGAUCCGCCACUGCGUACACUGACUUUAAAAGUUAACUUCUACUUAUAAAUGAACUGCCUAUUCUUUCUUUUGCUGGUAAUCUUAGUGAUUGACAAUCAUAAAAGAACUUAUAAAGGUCUUUAAAUCAACGAGCACAUAUUAAAAUCUGUGUAUUGUUAAAAUGGAAAGCUGAAAUUAAUUUUCAGAUGAAAGUGUAUUUAAUGAAACUCCCUUAUACACACAAAUACUACGGUACUUAAAAAGCUAUAUAGAUGAUCCAGUAUACAGCAAGUGCGAUGUGGACGAAUAGUUUCUCAAAAUAAAUAUGUCAUGCCAACUCUAACCAGAAGAGGAUAUCAAUACCAUCAGUCGCAGAAGAAAUAUGGAAACUUAAUCUGCAAAACGCCCUCCGUCAUUAAUUCGACCGUUCAGUAAAUCUCUCCCCUUCAGUAUUACUGUAAAGGUACCACAACCGACAGUGUUUGUUUCACGCGCGUAUUCCUGACCCCAUCCCUUCCGCCAACUGAAUGACACGUUCUGAUUGGUCAGAAGUUUGAUAUGAAUAGUACAGAAAGGUCCAUUUACUUUACGUUGGCCAUUAUAUAUAAUAACAAGAAGCCUUGGGCAGCCUAACGAAAACAAAUAGGCCUACAUUCCAUUUCCAUUAUCCGUGUUCCAUUUCAAUUUUGUUGCGCAAUUUAAGAUCAGGCGAUCUUUGACUAAGUGAGAGUUCAAUUUAGGAGAAUAAUUUUAAUAAUUAUGAGUGUAUUUUACAGUUUCAUUACCGACCCAUGGACCCAGGAUUCGGGGCAGUUCCCCACCCCCAACCAUUUUUUGGCAUCAUCUCCCGGGUUUUCCUACGUUUAUGGUCUCGUUUAGUAACACAUCAAAGGAGCGAAGCUCAGCGGAAUAGUCCAUUAUAUAAAAACACAAUAUGUUGCUUAAUGAUACACUCCCACAAAGAAACAGCGGGAAAA